GUAAGUUCAUAUUUACAUCUUCAGGAAAUACCAAACAUGGAUGGAGAGGAUACCAAGCACCUAAAUACUGAGGUAGCAGAGGGAGUCAACCUUGGGGAAAAUGAACAGCUGGUUAAUAGUACCCCUCAGCUGCAUGGCACAGAUAAUAAUGCAGCGCCAUCAGGUUUGGAUUCUUCAUCCAGUGCCACAACAACCUCAGAAGGAAGUUUUAGUGGAAGCUCUAACUCUCAACCUGAAACACCAUCAAUGAAUAUGGCUACAGAGGAUGAUAAGAAAAGGCCCGAGUCCUGCCCUCCUCAGGGUGCAUUGGUGUCAAGCAGCAUGGAUUCCUCCAUAGUGAAAGAGACAUUCCAACCAGUUGCUGAUAAGCUUGCAGCUUUACCCAUUCAACGUUCAAAUGAGGGUCUCUCCUCAUUAGUUUCUUAUUCCUCAUCCUCGGCAGAAGCCUCCGCCUCAGAGGAUAAUGCUCAAGAUGACCUGGAUGAAAACAGUCUGCCCGAGUUGCCAGAAUCCUACAAGGAAACCCAGCAAGAGGAUCCCAAGACUGAAACUGAACCUGUUGUGGAAGAAACAAAUCCUGUUACAGAGCUGGAAGAACCAAUGGAAGUGGAAGCUCCAGAAACUCCAGAAGCUACAGUAGCUACAGUAGUUGCAGAGACUCUAGAAGCUCCAGAGGCUCCAGGAGUGCCAGAAAUCCAAGAAACUGACUCAGUACCUGUUACUCUUCCUGAAGUCCUGCAGGCAACAGAAGCUAAGGAAAAGGAGACCUGUGAGGUAGAGGCCUUACCUGAAGAAAUCCAGGGGCCAGAAUCACCAAAGGAGCAGGCUGCAAUUGAGGAGAAGGAAAAUUCCGCAACACCUGAACUUCCUGAUGAACCAGAGUCCAUGGAAGUUGAAGAGGAUAAGUCUUCAGAAUUGUCAGAAGCUACCCCAGAUACAAAAGCCCAGCUUAUUGAGCAAGAACCAACACCAGAACCUUAUGAGAAAGAACCGGAGGAAGUCCUUGAUGACCCAGCCUCUGAUAAUGAGGAGAAGGUUAUCCCAGUGGAAGAAGACCAGGAAGAGAUGUCAUGCGUAGAAUCAGAAGAAAAAACAGUCAUGCAGGAAGAAAAUGUAAAGUCUCCAGUGGAAGAGGAUGGGGAAACAUGCACACUGAAAUUGAGUAGUGACGAGAGUACAGGAUUGACAGAAGCUGAGUUUAAGGAAAAAGCUCAAGAGGAAAAGAAAGAUGAUCUAGAGGGUAUGGAGUCCUCAGGAAGUGAAACUAAUGCCCCGGUAGAAACCAGGGAGACUACUAUCCCAGAAGGGGAGGAUGAAAAUACCUUUGGAAUCAAAUUAAAGAGGGCCCUGAAUGAAGAAAUAGAAAGUGCUGAAGAACCAGUUAGCAAGAGAAUGUGCAUGGAAGAUUUACCAGUAAGCAGUGCUUCCUUUGAGGGCAAGAUUCUUGAAAGGCAAAACACACUACCCUUUGAACCUGAAACAGAAGGGGGAGGCAUAGUGGAGGACCAGUUAAUGGGGGAUUUGGGAGCCGAGGACAAAAAAGAGGAUACAAUGCAAAAGAGUGAUGAGGAAAGCAGAGAUGACAUGUCUAUUGGAGAGAAAAUGAAGGAAAUUCAAGAAGAAAAAAUGGAUGAUAAAGAGAAGAUAAUGAAAGAAGAAGAGGAGGAGAUUGUAACACCAUCAACUAGAAGGAAGCGAAAGAAGAAGUCAUAUGAACGUCCACGAGGAGAAGGAGGAAAAUUCAGGAAAGAGAAACCAGGUUUAUACAAAACAGAUCCAUCUGUGUUGGAUGAGGAUACAAGAAUGGAUAGUAACCUUCCCCAGGAUGAAGACUCACAGGGAUCUAUGUCCAAAAGGGAAGUUCGUAGAUUCCGUUGUGAAGUCAUUGUUCCAGAAAGCACUGAAGCUUUCACAGCAGAAAAGGUUGUAGAGUAUGUAUGGCCCUUGGAAGGAUUAGGAGAACAUUAUUUUAUUCAAGAACAGAUUUCUCAAUAUCUGGGAAUAAUGUCCUUCAAACGCAAAUAUCCAGACUUGCGCAGACGACCCAUAGACAUGCAGGAACGGGAUUACCUGAAAGAGAAAGGCUUGGUAUCGGAAAUGGCAUGUGAUUUGGGUCUGACUGCAGUAAGGAGUGAAGAUGUUUUGGAUGUUAUGUUUAAUGAUUUUCCUUCUAAGUUUGAUGAAUUGCAGCGCCUCUUGCGGGAACGCAAGGAGAAUGAAAUGAAAGAGAGGGGAAAAGUAAACUACUCCAUGGCCAACAUAGACAAAUCUAAAAUGCAAGAGUAUGGAAGGAAAGCGGCUGCUGAUGCUGCUAGAUGGAAUGCAGCAUUCAAUAAAGAGAAGCGAGAUGAGCGCAGGUAUAGCUUUGACCUUCAGACAUUCUCUCUGCAAAAGCCAUCUAGCAAGGGCAAGAAGCUUCCACCUGAGUAUACCAAAAUGGGAUAUUAUCCUGUAGCUGUUUUACCAGGACAGUUUACAGAUUAUUAUAGAGAAUACACCCCAGCGGCUCUGAGUUCUUUACCCUUAAACUCAGUCAUGGCACCACCCAUUACACGAGAUCCCUUGGGUUCUGAUGGUGCUGGGUCAGACUCUGAAGAGGAAGCUUCAGUACCAACGCAAGGCACAGAUGAAGCAGAUGGUGCUGACAUUAAGGAUGAAAAGGGUGAAGGGUUGCCUCGUUGCAAGGUCUGUAGUGGUACUAAGAAUCGCAAUAAAGGAGGAAAACCAGAACCACUUAUUAUAUGUGGCUCUUGUAGAUCUGCAAGCCAUCCAACAUGCAUUGAUCUUACCUUAGCAAUGGUACCGAAAAUUGAAUCAUAUAACUGGCAGUGCAUGGAUUGCAAAAAUUGUGUUCUCUGUAGUGACCCAGAUGAUGAAGAGAAGAUGAUUUUCUGUGACAUGUGUGACCGUGGAUACCACAUAUACUGUGUGGGCUUACGUCGUGUACCAAAUGGACGUUGGCACUGUAAAGAGUGUGCCAUAUGUUCAUCUUGUGGAUCAAAGACUCCAGCUGGCAAUGAGCAUGCUAAAAAUGCUGAAUGGCAGCAUGAGUUUAAGAAGGACAAAGAUAAUAAACAAUUGAAAUAUGCUACAACACUGUGUGUUCCUUGUGAUAAGUACUGGAAAAGACGUCAGUUCUGUUAUGUGUGCCUAAAGGUGUACAGAAGCAUACCUGAAGAUGGUAUGGUACGCUGCUCAAACUGCCCUAAAUAUAUUCACCGUGAAGGCUGCUCUACAAUGUAUGAAAAUGAACGCUUUUGCAACAACUGUUUUAAGAUGCGUAAUACAACGGCACUGAAUCACUCAAGAAUCAUUGCUGCUGCUAAGAAAAAGAUGGCAUCAGGAUAUUAGAAGAAAGUGUUUUUUUUUUUUUUAUAAAAGUGUUAUUUGUAUUUCUGUGUUUGUGAAUAACAGAAACUCAUAUUCCAUCUAUAUUCUCAAUUGUGAAUGUAAUGACCAAUGAUUUAAAAAUUGCUCUGAAUUUUAUUAUAUUAUACCUGUGAGAAGGAGAUGAAACAAGAAUUUCCAUAUGCUUCCCUUACUGUGUUAUGAGUAUAUUCAGUGGCGUUGCUAGACAUUUAAGGGCCCAGGGGAUAGGGCUCUUAAGGAGCUCCCUGUAUUUCUUAGAUAUGACAAAAAAAUGUACCUGGGGAAAUAAAAACAUUUCCUAAUUUCAACUUGAGAUUAACAUUUACAAUUAAAAAGAUGAGGCAUAAUUUGGAUGCUCCCCCCCCCCCCACUAUGGGCCCAGGUGGUAAAAAAAAAUCCCUUCUUUGCAGCACUAACAAGAUUUCUGUAACACUGAUGUAAAGUAAGGUAGGCAUAAUUAUAGCUUCCAUAUAAGAGUUAAUAUUAUACAAUUUCUUUACCUGGGAUUCUCUGUCUUUUCUGUCAGUUGAUCCCAUAAUGAAACUAAAAACUUUGCAUUGAUUCCCAAUCAGAAUUUAAAUGAAAAUUACAAUUCAUUAUAUUUUGUAGAGGUAUUAUAUCAUAAAACUGAAUCAGGAACUCUUAUUGGAAGGUUAUGGGAAUGCGAAAGGUACAAAAUAUGCAGAAUGUGGAUGGGAAAAGUAAAAAAAACUAUGACAGUUAACCCAAUCGAUAUGUUUGGCAUCCAUUCUUACCAUGGCAAAUUUUGGACCUAACGAUGUUUGGCACCAUCGCUUGACAUUCCUGCGCUAUCAGCUUAUCAGACAGAGAUUGUUAUCUCCUCCAGUAGCAGCAAUAAUUAUAUGGUUAAACUUUAUGGCUUUAUGGAAGUUAUACCUUCACUUUUUUAAAGUUUUUCAAAUGAUAACAAAAUAAAAGCUUUUAGUUGCCUAAUGUUGUUCACAAACCACCGAACAAGCCAGGCGGAAACAGGGCAACUGCCGAUCGGCGCCAACAAUCCUGUCUGGUCACUAACCAAAAAGAUAAUUCAGUCCCGUGUGUGUUAAGUAAUCUCAUAGCAACACUAGAUAAUUCUAUCCAUUUUACAAGCCCUGGUCUUAUCACUUAUUGACCCUCUUUUGAUCCCCUAGCCAUUUGUUGAUGCCUGCGUGAUAUGUCAUGAACCUCUUGGAUGACACUGCAAAUCCUUGGGAUCAACAUUAAUCACUUUGAGAAUUCCCAGUCUUAAUCCCUCUUUUAAGGUGAUAGCAUAUUUUGUAACCUUUCAAAGUCAGUGAAUGAGUAUGAGUUAUAUUACAUCACCAGCUGAAAUUUUAUUGUAAAUUAGUGUGUCACAUGUUAAUGGAAAGAGUAAAUAGGUUUGUAAAUGGAUGAAUUUUAUACAAUAUAUUUUGAUCUUCUGAGUAAUGUAGAAAGUAAGAGAAAUUUGUAUCUUCUAUUAAUUUAGAGCAAAGGCAAUAUGAUGUAACAUUUUAACUAACAGAGGUGAUUUUAAGUUUCUAUAUUUUUUUAUCCAGUGAAAAAUUCAUGUGUAGUGGGUUUUUUUAUUUUAGUCAUUCUGAUGCAUUGUAAGAGAAAAAAAUGCAUUAAAUAAUUUAUCUCUACAGA